AUCUCCUCUCUCCUCUUUUCCAUUUUAGAAUUUCGACUCCACUAAAUAAUAUUUCAUUUUUCGUUUCCAUUUUUUGAAUUACCCGCAGCAAUGGCAAUCAAGGUUCAACUCGCUGUCGACAUGACGUGCCAAAGCUGUGUCGACGAUAUCACACAGGUGCUCAACGAUGUCCCAGGCAUUCAAUCGCUCAGCAUAUCGCUACCAGACAAGCGCGUCGUAGUAGAAGGCAAUGCAGGGCCCUCUGCCAUACUUAAAGCCCUCAAGUCCAGCGGCCGGUCCGCAGUCAUCCGCGGCACCGGCUCCACCGCCGAAGGUACCACUGGCGCAGCCGUCUGCAUUCUCGAACAAAGAACGCCGCCGUAUACCCGCGGCCUCGUCCGAUUUGUGCAGAUAAGUACAGAUACAUGCUUUGUCGAUAUCUCUGUAAAUGGCGUUUCUGAUGGCACCCAUCGGGCGUCUAUUCGGGAGUGCGGCGAUCUCAGCGAUGUGCCGGGAUCUUGCGGUGGUGUGUGGCAGGGUGCGAGCGAGGUUGGCGCGGCGGGGGAGCUGGGCGAGCUGGUGGUUGGAGAUGGCUGGGGCGAGGCGUGCUUUGAAACGGACCAGUUUGCGGUUUGGGAUAUUAUUGGCCGGUCCGUGGUGGUUAGUGGCAAGAGCAGUGGCAGCGGCAUCAGCAGUGGCGUUUUGGCUGGCGUGGUGGCUCGUAGCGCUGGGCUGUUUGAAAACGACAAGUUGGUGUGCGCGUGCUCAGGAAACACCGUGUGGACUGAGCAGCGGCUGGUUGACCAGGGCCGCCUCCUUUGACCCUCUAUGCGCUGUUUUUAUUUUUCAAUCCAGCACGUGGUGGUGAAUAAGCGACAAAAUAGCCUGUUUUUUUGCCAAGUGUAGAUUUCUUUUAUUAUUUUCCCUUUCUCAUCCCCCUCAUCCCAGACACAAAAGAAGGCCGCAUGUUGGUCAUGUUCAUGGACAAAGCGCGGAGAAGCGGGAUUGAAGCGCAACAAUAAUAAUAAGCAAAGGAAAGUUGCCUUCUUUUUAUUACUUUUUUUUACUCCACACA